ACACAUUUUAUUUUCUCUCUCCACAACCUGUCCACACUUCUGAACAUUACAUCCACUUCGUUGCUAUUCACAAUGACCACUGUCAAAAGUAGAUUCGACGCUACCUCUACAGGCGCUCAGCAACAAACAGAUGAUCCUUGGCUAUCGACUUAUUCACGAGCACUCUGCUCCAUUUAUCCUAAAGACGAGGAGGACUGUUGGGAUUACCUUCUUUCUUCACAACCCACAAGUGUCUUUUCAAAGUCACUUGAUGAGUCCACUCAGCCUUCUAGUAUCCCGAAUAAAGCUGACAGGCCACUGUUAGGCAGUUCAGAGAAGAUGAGUAGUUCUCCCUCCAAUAUGUUAUCGCUUUCAUCCUCCUCGAUUUCACCACACCCAAUGGACUCUGGCAGUACAAAUUUAAGUAGUAGUAAGGGUAUUGAUUCACUACUCGCACCUUUGAGUCCUGGAAGCAUUCCCCAUACGUUAUGCAAAAUUGGAUUUGACUGUAUUGACUACUUCACAUCCACACAAGACGAUCUGGAGUCCGAAGUCCCUAAGCCAACAUCCUCACCCAAUAAUCCCCACAUGACCGGUCCAGCAUAUACAAGUCGUAUGCUAGAAUGUCUCAAUGAAGCUGAUUGGAGGACUGAUAUUGCUGCUGCAGUCUGCGGCAAGCGGACUGCGGCUCUUGAACGAAAACGAGCUCUAUCACGGACCACAAGUCAAGAAGAUGUCAUGGCUACAUCUGAAACUUUUGCGAGUGACGAUCCCUGGUUACAAACACUUGAUCGACUGGCACGGUGGGAGGAGGUAGCCUAUCGCUGAUUCUUUUAAUAAAUUUCUC